AUGACCUCCUCAAAGCCACCGAAAGCCAUCCUGUUCGACAUCGGCGGAGUUGUUGUCAUCAGCCCUUUCCAAGCCAUUCUCGACUACGAAAUCGAGAACAAAAUCCCGAAUGGCUACAUAAACUUCGCGAUCCAGAAAGGCCCUCAUGACACCGGCGCAUGGCAGCUCAUCGAACGGGGCGAAGUCGAACUCAAUGACGAUUGGUUCGCGGCCUUCAAGAAGCAGCUUAUGCGACCGGAAGUAUGGUCACAAUAUCUCCAGAAGCUGGCGCAGCAAGAGAGUGUCGGUGGUGGACAAGCCAUUGAGGGCGGGAAGCCACAGGUGCCGGACAUCGACGCGAAGAAGCUGUUCUGGCGCAUGAUGAAGAUCAGCCGAGCUCCGGAUCCAUACAUGUACCCCGCGCUACGAAAGCUAGGCGAAAGCGGAAAGUUUGUCCUGGGCGCGUUCAGCAACAACGUUACCUUUCCCACGGGCAUUCUCGACGACGAAGGCAAGCUCUUCACCAAAGAGCUCAUCCACGAACCGGCGCCCAACCCUUACGCGAACGACUCCACAGAUAUCACGACGUGCUUUGACAUCUUCCUUGGCUCGGCGGCGGUUGGUGUCAGAAAACCGGAUCCGGAGGCAUACAAGCUGGCGGUACGGGAGAUGGACAAGAUCGCGAGGAAGAAGGGCAUGGGGAGUGUGACGGAAGGUGACACUCUCUUCUUGGACGACAUCGGCAUAAAUCUGAAGUUUGCGAAGAAGACGGGACUAAGGACAAUCAAGGUGAAUCUGGGCAAGACGAAGGAUGCUGUGAAAGAGCUCGAAGAGGCUGUCGGCAUACCAUUGUUGGACGAGAAAGCUAAGCUAUGA